AUGUCGAGCCCAAGACAUUCUCCUCCUCCCUCUGCUGCGGCACCUAAGCCCAAAGGUAUUCUCAAAAAUGCAGGCGAGCGCAGACGAUCGCAAGGUGAAGCGCUCAGCCAAGAGGACGAUGCAAACAGACUGCAAUGGGACGAAACCAACCUGACACUGCACGAGAUCGAACGAGAACACCAAGAAGCACGUAUGAAGAUCGAUGAACCCAAGACCCCCUUUGUUCAUGAUACUGCACUCGGUCCUGUUGGUGACGAUGAUCUGUUUGACCUGGACGGUGCAGCGCCUCGUCGUGGCUCUGUCGCAGACCAGCUUGCAGCCAAUACAUCCGCCAAUGCAGGUCGAGCACCCGGAGAAGAUUUCGGUCUCGCCGUCGGACUCGAUGCCGCCGAACUCGCCAAAGGCAACACCGCUUCCAACUUGAUGUCUGUUGACAGCAACCAAGUUCGAGCCAACUCGAUCCGAUCCACUUCUCGUUCACCUUCGUUUUCCUUGCCUCCCAAGAGUCCUUCUUCUCGACGAUCCAGUUCUAGAUCGGCUACUGCUGCAGCAGCAGAUGAUGAUAGAAGUGGAGUGAGGCAACAGGCAAACGAGAUGCAAGUGGGCGAUCAAGAUGAUGGCGAGGUUGAAGAAGAGGAUGCUGAUCCUGAAACUCAAGCCAAGCAUGCAGCCUUUACAGCAAAGAGGAACCAACAUUAUGGGAACGAGGCAGAAGUGAUGAAGAUCGCUGCUUCUCUAGCGUCUUAUCAGGAUGAAGAUGACGAGGAGGAGGUUAACAACGAGAUUUGA